GCUAACUUGAUUUUACGCCGGUGGAAAAUAAGUAUUGCUCCAGGAAGUUAAUCAAAUUGACAACUAUAGUCAACAGUAGAGUUAUGAUAUGUCAAAAUUGCUGGUAUUAACUUCAGAAAACACAAUAUUUGCAGUUAGUUUCAGUUGUUUCCAUGGCGACAUUUUACGUUUAAUGGAAACGACUCUGCACUGCUGUGUUGUGUUGUUUUAAGGAGUUGCCUAAUGUUUACUUCAUAAAAAGCUUCAGUAUUCGAGUAAAUACAGAUCACGGACUUUCGGGCCUUUUUACUAAAAUGGCAGGGACGUUUGACUCUUCCGUUUUGGAAGAAUCACUGCACAAUAAUGACGAACCAAUGCGAGAAACAGGUCGAAAAAGUGAGGUUCACGAGGACUCCAUUGUGUUGAGAUUGCACAGAAUGACACCGGAUGAACUAAGUGAGGAACUCAACAGGCGAAUCAGGGAAACUCAGAAGCUCCAAGAAGAAGUAGAAAAUGCAACUAAAGUCACCUUGGAGAGGUUUGGCUGCAAAUAUAGUAUCAACAACUCACCUGGACCAAGCAGCCUCAACUACACAUUUAAUGCCUUGACUCAACCUCAGGACUACAGCCUGGACUCUCCUGAAAAGACACAAAAUAUGCCAGAAAAAGAGCCAUUCAGUUUUGACAGUGCCAUUGUGAACCUACAGAGCAAGCUUCAUCAAGUUCAAAUGGAGAAUGUGGUCUUAUCUGACCUGAGAUUAAAUGAUUCUAGGGAACACGUUGAUCAGAUGGAACAGAUGCUUUGCAUGUUAGAAGAGCUACAGAAAAUCAAAAGAGCCACAGACGACAAGCUGCAGGAGAGAGAGGAUGAGACACUGACACUUGGCAUGAAAGUAAACACACUGGAAGAGAUGAUGAAGGAAAUGUACUCUGCAUUGUUGUCCCACAAGAUUCAAAGUAGAAACAGUGAUAAAGGCAGUCUUUCAGGACAACCGACUUCUGCUGAUCUCAACAGUGAGACAGACAGGAUGCAGACAGCGAAUCAUAUGGAUAUUUAUGGGGACAGUGCAAAGGAACAGAAUCAUAGGAUGAGAGAAAUGAUUACAGAUCUCUGCCAGGAGAUGGCACUGUUGUCUGAUAAACUGAGUUCAUCAAAUCAAAGUAGCUUCACCUUGAGUCACAAAUUGGAGAUUCUCCGGAAACUUGCUGAAAGGCAGACGUCACUGCACCAGUGUCAGAUCAAUGACCUUGAGUCAACUCUUUCCGACUAUAAAGAUAAGGGAUGCAGUGAGCAGCAGCAGCAUGAAUUCCAGGUGGAGGCCAAGGUUUUGAGAGGACGCUUGGAGGAGGCUAGAAAUAAACUUCACCGGGCUGAAGAGGAGAAAAGUUGCUUACAGGCUCUGCUGAACGAAAGAACCCAUGAUGGAAGUAGGACUCAGAAACUACUGCAUGGGAAAGAGAAGGAACUGGAGCUCAAGCACCAAGAAGCUCGGCAACAUCGUUCUCAGUUCCACACUCUACAAGUAGAGGCAGAGAUGCUCAGGUUGAAGCUGGAUGACAGAGAGAAGCAGAUUGACUGUCAGAAGCUGCAGAUAGAGAUCAGCAGCCAGAUGACAAUGCAGCAGAGUCACACCAUUGACCACCUCCAGCAGGACCGCAACAUUUUCAUCAAACAGCUGGAGCAGCUUAAGGCCGAGCUGGACCAGCACAAGUCAGAUCUGGCUGCUUCAGAACACGAGAAGAAGCUACUGCAGAUGUGCGUGUCUGGGCAUAACCAACGUGUCCAGGAAGAAUCAGGGGAGAAACAGCAGCUCACCACACAACUGGAAGUCCAGCGGAUACGAUACAUGACCCUCAGCAAGGAGCUCGAGGAGCUGCAACGACUCCACAGCUGUAAGGAGGCAGAGCAGGAGGGUGUGGUGCUGAGGCUUCAGGAGCAGCUGAGGAGCACCUGUGAGGAGCUGGACAAGGUCAGGAGCACACUGAGGACUCUAGAAGGAGCUGAUGGAUGCGGCCUCCAAGUGGCCAUGGACAUGCAGAAGGAGGUCACUGCCAGAAGAGAGCAAGCCGACUCCCUGCAGAGUAAAAUUCAACAUCUGGAAGAGACAGUGAAGGAGCUGCAGCAGGAGGAACAUAACCAGAGUCUGCAGCAGCAGCUUCAGCAUCAGGAGCUCACUCUUGCCAGGGAGGAGAAGAAACAUCUGAAGCAGGAGCUGCAGCUCCUUCGCUCUAAAGACCAGAAACUGCUGGACCAAAUCAAUAACCUGGGGUCCUUCCUUCACAGGUUGUCAGAAAGCUUUGCAGGCUGUCAGGAUUUCAUCCAGCUGCAGGAGCAGGAUUUUUAUCACCUGAAACUCCAACAUGCCCUGGAUCUGAAGGAACUUCAAGGUCAGACUCUGUACACUGCUGUGACAGUUCUUCCAACAGACCAGGAUUCCCCGAAUCCAGCAGUAUUCAGCACUCCACCCUCAGCACAGCGGGCCUCCACCACGUGGAUGAAGGUGGGCCACACACAGGAGCUCAGGUCUCUGGUCAAGGAGCUACAGGGAGCGAUUUCAGAAAACCACAGACCACACACAGACAACAGCGCUGCUGCCAGCAGACUUUACAGGAGGAGGUCUGCACCGCCAGAGAAAACGCACAGGACCACAUUUAAACCGCUGAAGAACGCUGAGCUUAAAGGAAAAACAGUUCCCAAGAAACCAGUCGGUGACGGGUGCACUGAGUCCAGUCCUGGGACAUCCUUCCUGGAGUACCUCUCACUGGGCCGCAGGUCACCUGUCCACUCUCUGCUGACAUCAGACCCAAACAGCUGACACUGACAUGUGACCCCGGGGAGACAGUAGAUAAUGUGGAGAACGACCAAAUAAAGUUGGAUGUGAAAAAAUGUAUAGAAAAAAAAGAAUGACUUUAAUAAUUCAUGUAAAUGAUUGAACUGUGGUAAUAAAAUAUUCCAUAUGAUGGAAAUAAGUUGGAGUUGGAGUCAGAG